CCUAUUAGUACAACCAAGAAUACUAAUGAACAACACUUCGAUAUAUAGAGGAUCAUUAACCCAUUUUUCAUCAUCAUCCACAUCACAUAAAUAAACAAAUAAAACGAAAAAAAAAAUGGCGGAUACUCACAUUCUCUUAUUUGUGUUCAUCACAAGCUGCAUUGCUGUUACCGCCACCGUCUUCGUUUUGGAGAACAGUUGCCCAUUCACUGUUUGGCCUGGAAUCCUCUCCGGCAACAGCACCACCCUCGGCGACGGCGGGGUUCCCCUGACUCCAGGCGCUUCCGUGCAGCUCACCGCUCCUCCGGGAUGGUCAGGCCGUUUCUGGGCUCGUACCGGCUGCAGCUUCGACGCCUCCGGUCGCGGUGGCUGCGUCACCGGAGACUGCGGCGGCGUUUUAAACUGUAACCGCGGCGGAUUUCCUCCAGCAACGCUAGCCGAGUUCACCGUCGGAUCAGGCGAUUCCGGCGUUGAUUUCUACGACGUCAGCCUCGUCGACGGUUACAAUGUCAAGAUGGGGAUCGAACCCUUGGGAGGAACCGGAGAUUGUCAUUACGCUGGGUGCCUCGCCGACAUCAACGAGAUUUGCCCUGGCGAUCUCCGGAUCAUGGAUCCGAACGUCGACGGAGUUGUCGCGGCGUGCAUGAGCGCAUGCGCGGCGUUUGAUUCGCCGGAGUUCUGCUGCACCGGAGCUCACGCGACGCCGCAGACUUGUAGUCCGAGUCAGUACUCGAUGGUGUUCAAGAACGCUUGCCCUAGCGCUUACAGCUACGCAUACGACGACGACGCGACAAGCAUCUUCACUUGUUCCCGAUCUAACUACUUGAUUACCUUCUGUCCCACCCGUUCUUAAACACCGGAGAGCUCCGGUUAAUUCUCGAGUCUUGCUUCUCUCUCACGUUUCUUUUGCUUGUGAUGUACGGAACGAUUGAAUAAUACAGUAGUAUCAUUUUCUGUUUUUUAAA